AUGUCGUACAGUGAUGGCGGGCGUUCAGUACGUAAAUCUGGCUCAAAGUCGCCUAAAAAAUUACGUGUUACUAAAUUAGAAAACAGUGAUAAAGCUACGACUACAAUAAGCUACGGGAGUCAUCAUCAUCAUCACCAUCACCAUCAUCAUCAUCGUCAUAAUUUAAUAGAUGCUCCGCAACCGUCAAUACACAAGCGCAAUCUCUAUAUCGUAUCAUUCCCACUCAUACUAGUUUUCAAUGUGUUGAGAACACUGCUGUAUCAGCUGUUUGUUGUUUUUAAGUAUCUUUACGCGUCGACGAAUCACUUGAUUCGUAGAACUAAUACAAACAAAAGCCAGUGUCAGUUUGAGAUUAUUGUUAGACCUGAGACUAACGAUUUACUGGCUGUGUCAAGUGAUCAAGAUAAUUCAGUUAUGUCGCAAAUUGCCAGAAGACCUGCUGGUCCGGGUCCUGGUGAUCCGUUGCUAGCCAAACAAAAACAUCACCAUCGGAGGGCUUUUGAAUUUAUCAGUAAAGCUUUGAAAAUUGAUGAAGAAAAUGAAGGACAUAAAGAGAUGGCGAUUGAAUUAUACAAAAAAGGCAUUGGAGAGUUAGAAAAGGGAGUUGCUGUCGAGUGCUAUGGAGGCAGAGGAGAAGUUUAUGAAAGAGCACAGAGAUUACAUGAGAAAAUGCGAGCUAACUUGGUUAUGGCCAAGGAUAGACUUGAUUUUUUAGCAAAUAUUUGUGCGCUGAAAAAAUUGGAAUUAGCUAAUGAUUGCCGUGGUAAUGAGAAAAGUACUCAAGAAAGCGCUUCGGAUACUUCUGACAGUUAUGAUAAGAUAAAGUAUCCAAGGAACAGGAAAAAUAACAUGAUAUUACGUUCAAAUGAAUCUCUAACGGGUCCUAGUAAUAAUACUAUCAAACGUUGUGUCAAUAAUUCAAAUACUGCCAAUGCACAUACGCAUAUUAAUAAGUCAACAAUACCAAAACCAAUAUCACCAAAAAUUAGUCAUAUUCGUACUUCAGAAGCAUCUGGUAGAAAGCUGACAGUUCCAGGAAAGCGAGUACCAGGUACAAUAAGUAAAAGUCAAACUUUACCUCGAAGUAUGGGUCGUUCAACACCUACACACUCAUGUCAUCGGACGACGCCAAUCAAGCCUUCAGGAACACCUCCGUCCAUUAAAAGACAGUUGUCAGUGCCUGGGAAUGGAUCUCCAAUAAGACGUCCUGGUACACCGGGUGGUUCAAACAGUAAUCGAGGAACUCCCUCGAGAAAAGUUCCAAUGUUAAAAGGCGUUGAUCCGAAACUGGCUCAAGUUAUUCUAGAUGAAAUUUUAGAAGGAGGUACUGCAGUACAGUGGAACGACAUUGCUGGCCAAGAAGUUGCUAAACAAGCACUCCAGGAAAUGGUAAUAUUACCGUCUCUUCGACCUGAACUGUUUACAGGUUUAAGAACACCAGCACGAGGUUUGCUGUUGUUCGGACCACCUGGUAAUGGAAAAACUUUGUUAGCUCGCGCUGUAGCUACUCAAUGUAAUGCUACAUUUUUUUCAAUAUCUGCGGCUAGUUUGACGUCAAAAUAUGUCGGUGAAGGAGAGAAAUUAGUUAGAGCACUGUUUGCUAUAGCACGAGAGCUUCAACCAUCUGUUAUUUUCAUUGAUGAGGUUGAUUCUCUACUGAGUGAAAGGCGUGACAAUGAACACGAGGCAUCAAGAAGACUAAAAACGGAGUUCCUGGUAGAAUUUGAUGGUCUACCUUGCAAUCCUGAUGAACGGGUUCUCGUUAUGGCAGCGACUAAUCGACCUCAAGAAUUAGAUGAAGCAGCAUUGAGACGGUUUCCUAAACGAGUUUAUGUUACUUUACCAGAUCUUCAAACGCGAGUUACACUUUUAAAGAGACUUUUAGGUAAGCACAGUGAUCCUUUGACACCCGAAGAACUUUAUAAAACAGCAGUUUUAACUGAUGGCUAUUCUGGAAGUGAUUUAACUGGCUUAGCCAAAGAUGCUGCACUUGGACCGAUUCGAGAAUUAAAUCCGGAGCAAGUGAAAGCUCUUGAUUUGAAUCUUGUUCGCAACAUCACUAUGCAAGAUUUUUUGGACUCUUUGAAAAGAAUUCGUCGAUCCGUAUCACCGUCAAGCCUCACCGCUUUUGAAAAAUGGAGUUUUGAGUAUGGAGACGUGAGUCUCUGA